AUGGAUGCCGAUCAAUUUAAUGUGUUUAUGGAGCACCAAAGUGGUGUUUUCAAGGAAAUGGUGGAUGCACUGCGCCAAAUGCGCGCACCACAGCAAAGUUCACGGUCGUCGAUGGACAAGGCAUCGGCUAUACCUGUUCCUCUUCCUCCGCUUGAACUAGAGGGAGACAUGGAACAAAACUACGAGUUUUUUGUGCAAAACUGGAAAAAUUAUGCAAGUGCAGUAGGAAUGGAUAAAUGGCCGGCAGAUCAAAACAGGCAAAAAACGAGUGUGCUUUUGUCUGUGAUUGGAAAGUCUGCGCUAAAAAAGUAUUUCAAUUUUGAGCUGACGGACUCACAGCAGCAAGAUCCUGACGUUGCAAUCGAAGCAAUAAAGCGAAAAGUAGUUUGCGAAAAAAACAAAAUGGUGGAUUGGUACAGUUAUUUUUCGAUGACGCAAGAUGUGACCGAAAGUAUCGAUGAAUUUGUUUCUCGAUUGAAAUCCUUAGCUAAGUUAUGUCGCUUUGAGACACUGGAAGAAGAUUUCAUAAUGUACAAAGUGGUGACGUCCAGUAAGUGGCCGAAGCUGCGAGGCAAGUUAUUGACCACUCAGAAUCUUACUUCAGGGAAAGCAAUCGAUAUGUGUCGUACGGAAGAGAUUGCAGAGAAGCACGCAGCUGUUGCGGGACUUUCUAGUGCCGAUGUGAACCUGGUGAAGAGUAAGAAGAAAAAAAUGAAAUGCAAAUACUGUGGUGACUGGCAUGAUUUUGCAAAGGGUUCGUGCCCUGCACUGGGAAAGAAGUGUCAUGGGUGCGGUGGCAGAAACCAUUUCGAAAAAGUGUGCAAGGCGCAAGGGAAGAAGAUUAAAAAUAAACGAAGAAAUGUGAAAAAAGUACAAAAUGACAGUAUAUCGACGAGUCAAAGUGAAGGAAGUGACAAUUCAGAAACGGAGAGUGAAGAAGAAGAAAAAGAAGUGGUUAUCGGAAAAGUUUAUGAUUUUUCGGAUGCUGGAGGUAACGUGUUUGCUGAUUUGAAGAUUUUCAUUAGCAAAAGAUGGCAGUCUGUGCGCUGCGAACUAGAUACCGGUGCGAAUACGAGUAUCGUUGGAAUUGAUUGGUUGAAGAAAGCAACCGGUGGCAACUCUCCCGAUUUACUUCCGUCUAAAUUUCGUCUGCAAAGUUUUGGCAGAGGUACGAUUCCUGUUCUUGGUGAGGUCCGAAUUCCUUGCCGACGCAACGGUCGUAAGUACACACUUGCGUUACAAGUCGUAAACGUCAAUCACAUGCCACUCCUGUCAGCAAAGGCUGAGCAGUUAGUUAAGCAGCACAAGCAACUUUUCGAGGGAUAUGGAAAGUUCCCUGGGGUUGUGUGUUUGGAAGUUGAUCCCAAUGUAGUUCCGUCCAUUCAACAACCACGAAGAGUUCCAAUUGCUAUGCGUAGUUUACUGAAAGAGGAUUUGAGGAAGCUAGAGCGAGAUAGUAUUAUUAUGAAGGAAACCCAACACAUGGAUUGGGUCAGCAAUAUUGUUCUUAUAAGAAAGGGUGGACAAACCGGGCCGGUACGUAUAUGCUUGGAUCCGAUUCCACUUAAUAAGGCUUUAAAACGUCCUCGCCUUCAGUUUGCUACCAUCGACGAAGUUUUGCCAGAACUAGGACAAGCAAAGGUGUUUUCUACAGUGGAUGCCAAAAAGGGUUUCUGGCAUGUGCUAUUGGACAACGAGAGUAGCCGUUUGACGACUUUUUGGACUCCGUUUGGCCGAUACCGGACUGAAUGCUUGGCUGACGACAUACUGAUCUACGGAUCCGGUGAAACGUUGAGAGAGGCAUUGGAAGAUCAUAACCGAAAUCUGAAGGAAUUGUUCCUUCAACUGGACAGAAACAACGUUAAGCUGAACCUAAGCAAACUCAAGCUCUGUGAAACGUCGGUCAAAUUCUUUGGGCAUAUUCUGACGAACCAGGGAUUGAAGGCAGAUGAUAGCAAGAUCGCAACCAUCAAGGAAUUUCCUUCUCCAACGGAUCGAAAACAACUGCAGAGAUUCAUCGGUACGAUAAAUUACCUCGGGCGCUACAUCAAAAACCUCAGCGCUGAAAGUUCUUUGCUACGGAGAUUGAUUUCUGAAAAGGAACCGUGA